UACUUGUGGUAUGCACAUACUAAAACUCAAACUAAAGUCUAAAACCAAACCAAAACACAAAACAAGCUUCAAUUCUUUUACCUUCAACAUACAAAAAGAAAAGGCAUUUAGACAGGCAUUAUAAACACUUACCUAAUGGCAACUAUGCCCCCCAAUUCUGUAGUUCCAACUUCAGAACACACAACUACCACUAUUUCAAAACCUAUGGAAAUGGUGAAACCUCAUGCCCGCCGUUCGUCAUCCUUUCUACAACUCGCCUACCCCAUAACCUUAAAGUUUGAAGAUGUUGUGUACAAAGUUAAAAUUGAGAGUAAAGGUACAUGUUGCGGUGGAGAAGUGAGCAUGAAAGAGAAGACAAUAUUGAAUGGUGUGACGGGUAAGGUGUGUCCCGGGGAGAUACUUGCAAUGCUAGGUCCGUCUGGGAGUGGUAAAACCACGCUCCUCACGGCUCUUGGUGGACGCCUAACUGGUAAACUAUCUGGAAAGAUUACAUACAACAGCCGUCCGUUUUGUGGUUCUAUGAAAAGGCGGACAGGGUUUGUGACCCAAGAUGAUGUGUUGUAUCCUCAUCUUACUGUCACUGAAACCCUGCUAUUCACAGCUAUGUUAAGGCUACCUAAUAGUUUGAGUCAAGAGGAGAAAGUAGCGCAUGUGGAGCGAGUUAUAGCUGAGUUGGGGUUAACUCGGUGUAAGAACAGUAUGAUAGGUGGUCCAUUGUUUAGAGGAAUUUCAGGUGGAGAGAAAAAGAGGGUGAGCAUUGGUCAAGAGAUGCUAAUAAACCCAAGCUUGUUGUUGCUGGAUGAGCCCACUUCUGGUCUAGACUCGACCACGGCUCAGAGGAUUAUAACCACGAUUAAACGGCUUGCUAGUGGAGGCCGAACCGUGGUCACAACAAUUCAUCAACCGUCUAGCCGGCUCUACCACAUGUUUGAUAAACUAGUUUUGUUGUCUGAGGGCUCACCGAUUUACUACGGUCCUGCAUCCACUGCUAUGGAGUAUUUCUCAUCCGUUGGAUUCGCAACAUCCAUCACAGUGAAUCCGGCUGAUCUUUUACUAGAUCUUGCUAAUGGAAUUGCGCCCGACGCCAUGCAAGAACACGAGCAAGGUGAAACGACCGAACAGGAGCAGAAGUUAGUUAGGCAAAAGCUAAAAACCGCAUAUGAAACAAACAUUUCAACAAGAUUGAAGGCCGAUUUACGCAGUGUAGACGUUAGCAAUCAUAUAAACCAUGCAAAAGAAGCUUCAACAAGAACCCAUGUGCAACCGGAACAAUGGUGCACGAGCUGGUGGCAUCAGUUUACGGUUCUACUUCUUAGAGGAGUAAGAGAAAGAAGAUUCGAAUCGUUCAAUAGGCUUCGAAUCUUCCAAGUGAUAAGUGUUGCUAUACUUGGAGGACUUCUAUGGUGGCAUACACCAACAUCUCAUAUUGAAGACAGGGUAGCAAUGCUUUUCUUCUUCUCGGUUUUUUGGGGCUUUUACCCGCUCUACAACGCGGUUUUUACCUUUCCUCAAGAAAGAAGAAUGCUUAUAAAAGAAAGAUCAUCAGGAAUGUACCGUCUUUCGUCUUACUUCCUUGCAAGAACCAUUGGAGACCUACCACUUGAGCUUGCUCUACCAACCGCCUUUACUUUCAUACUUUACUGGAUGGGCGGGUUAAAGGCCGACCCAGCCACCUUUGUCCUAUCACUACUUGUGGUCCUCUACAAUGUCCUUGUAGCCCAAAGUCUCGGGUUAGCCAUUGGUGCCAUACUUAUGGAUGUCAAACAAGCAACCACUUUGGCUUCGGUUACAACCUUGGUUUUCCUUAUCGCUGGAGGAUAUUACAUACAACAAAUCCCGCCUUUUAUCGUGUGGUUAAAGUACUUGAGCUAUAGCUACUACUGCUACAAGCUUCUUCUUGGGGUUCAGUACAAUGCGAAUGACUUAUACGAAUGUUCACAAGGGGUCUACUGUCAUGUUGCCGAUUUUCCAGCUGUGAAAUCAGUUGGACUAACUAACUUAACGGUAGACUUGUUGAUUAUGGCGAUGAUGUUGAUUGGUUAUCGACUUGUUGCUUAUAUGGCAUUGCAAAAGGUUCGCUGAAGUAAUCAGUUUUACUUGACGAACAAUUUUCGUGAAGAGCUUUGCCAUUUUGUCGGAAGAGAAAUAAUAAUAAUAAUAAUAAUAAUAAUAAUAAUAAUAACAAUAACGAUAUUAGAUUUAGAUACUGUUUUUCUUCAACGAUGUAGAUGUAUCGUCGCCCUAGUUGAACUCGAAGAUAUAUACUUUCGAAAAAGAAGAGCGUUAGGGUGUUAAAACAGUUACUGGUAGUUAUUCUAUAGAAUUGGUUCUUGAUGAGAAGAAUUUCAAAGUUUGAAAGUUA